AAUGAAAAUGGAAACCAAAAGAUAAAAGGGUGUGAAGACAAAAACACUCUUCCCCACUUUCUCAAAACCAUUAUCAAUCACCACUCAUCUUCUUCAUCACUCACUCCAGUUCAAGUUUCAACCAAAUUCUUGUUGAACUUGAGCUCUUUCAAUUUUCAAACCAUGUAUGAACCUCACAACCACCACCACCACCACCACAGAUCCAAACGCGGCCGUACAAAUCUAGCAUCAUGCAUCGUCGCCACAAUCUUCCUCAUAAUAAUCGCUAUCGCCGUCGUCGUCGUCUACUUCCUCCUCUUCAAACCUAAAAACCCUAAGAUCGCCGUCGAUUCCGUACAGUUCCCAACCUUCUCCGUCUCUAACGGCACCGUCAACUUCACCUUCUUCCAGUUCGUCUCCGUCACAAACCCUAACCGCGACGCCUUCACUCACUACGACAGUUCUCUCCAGCUCGCCUACUCUAACUCACCGGUCGGUUUCAUCUUCAUCCCCGCCGGAAAAAUCGACGGCGGCCAUACGCAGCACAUGUCGGCCAAGUUCGCAGUCCAGUCGUUUCCGAUUCCGGCGAGGCCGCCACCAGUCACGGCGGCGGAGACGGUGGGGAAUGGUGGUGGAGCGGAGUUUGGGAUGGGUGGAGAGACGAUGGAGAUUGAGACGAGGAUGAAGCUGGUAGGUAGGGUUAGGGUUUUGAAGAUAUUUACUCAUAGAGUUGAGAGUGGUGUGAAUUGUGGUGUGGUGAUUGAGGUGAAAAGUGGAUCUGUGUUAGGGCUUCAUUGUUAGUUAGUUGAUGUGUUUUUGUUGAUGAAUUAUGUUUUGGUUUCGGUUUGAAUUGGAAUUGAAAACUUAAUUGUAUAUAGUGAUUGGAACUGGAACUGGAACUGAUUGUUGUUUUGGAUUAAGAAUAUGGUUUUAGUUUCUACUUAAAUUGAACCGGAAAUUGUUUA